AGUGGAUGUCUUCCUAAGUUUCUGCAACACUACCACUAGCCACGCAAUUUUCAAAGGUCAUUUGUUUCGAAAUGGCAUUAAAACUUUUGAAUCCAACAGCUGAGAGAAGACGAGAGUCAGACCAAUUGAUAAACAGACACUCGAGGCUUUGGAAGAGUCGAAAGUUGCGGUUGUGAUGACGUCUGAGACCAAACUUUGUUCCGUUGGGUUCCUGGAAGAGCUCAUAGUAAUACUCGAAUUUCAAGAGAGAGGUUCACUGACGGUCAUACCCAUCUUCCUUACAGCUUUCUCUUUCGAUGUGGAAGAAGAAAUCUACCAAGAAUAUCCGGAGAAUGCGCCAAGUUGGAGAAUUGCACUUACCAAAUUGGCUAACAUUGCCGCCGAUAGUCCAUCAUUAUCUCCGAGUCUUGCUGGUAUGGGCCAAUCAGAUUUUCUCGAGCAAAUUGCUCAUAUUAUUGAUUUUCUGUGUCUCUCUUCCACGUCAAACGAUUUGAAUGGCCUUGUUGCAAUGGAUCGUCACCUGAAAGUGGUUCAUGACUUGUUGGCUUCACAAGUUAACAAAGAGGUUAGUACCAUUGGCAUUUGGGGUAGAACAGGUGUUGGGAAGACAACACUUGCAAGGUACAUUUAUGCAGAGAUCUCUGUAAAUUUUCAGACACAUGUUUUCCUUGAAAAUGCUGAAAACAUGAAAGACAAGAUUCUAAAACUCGAAGGGGAAUAAGAAGAUCCAACGGUAAUAAGAAGUUUAGAUGACGAUGGGCAUGAAAUUACCGAAGCAAGGCGUAAAAACCGGAAAGUUCUCCUUAUCGUUGAUAAUGUGAACAACAUCGAACAAGGGAAGUGGAUCAUUGAAUACGCUAAAUGGUUUGCUCCAGAAAGCAGAGUCAUUCUUAUUAGCCAGAACAAGAAUUUGCUUGUUGACGCUGGAGCGAGGGAUCUGUAUGAAGUCAGAUCCCUAAGAUAUGAUGAAGCUCUUCAACUCUUUUCUCAUUUUGCUUUCAAGCAGCCAUAUCCUCCUUCUGAUUUCGAACAGCUUGCAGUUCGUGCUGUCUAUCUUGCAGGGUUUUGA